AUGUUGUAUAUCGGUUUUGUUAACGCGUUAGAUUACUAUAAAACUAACCAUUUUCAAGUGUCUGGGAUAAAAGAAAGAAAAGAAGAAAAGAAAAUGAAAUCCUUGGUGGUAUUAGUAACACUGAUAGUGGUGGCCAUCAGUAGUGGCGCAGUAGUGUAUCCCACAAACCGAUCUAGCUUCAGUGUAGGCUAUAUUACUACUGGGGACAGAUUGUUACACAGGCAAUACCUUCGCAAGCUACCUGUCCCUAAUGCGAUUCAGUACCAGGACUUCGUAUUCCGUGGAAAUUCCACCACUAGGGUAGCAGCGAUUACAGCAACCGAAAUGGGGUACAGCCAGAAUGCCUAUGCGGUGAUAACAGCUGGGGGGGUAGGUUAUAACUACGUCACAGUUAGGGUGCAGAGUUCUAGAAGUCUGGGGUACGAUUACGUGAUUGAAGUUUGGGGGCGGGGACGAUAA